UCUGAAGAUUCCACAGCUAAAACAAGCAAAGAGGUGUUAUUUUUCUUUUUUUAAAAAAAAUUAUUAUUAUUAUUAUAUAUUUUCUGGGUCUACUCUUUUUUUUUUUUUUUGAGGGGGGUUUAAAUUGUUAUGUAUUUUAAGAGGUGUGAGAUUGACAGGCAGAUCCCACCGAAAUAAAUUAAUAAAUUCACCACACCCCAUCUUCAUAAAAACCCCUACAGAAUUCACCCUUUUUUUUUCUUUUUCUUCUUUCAUAUAAUUCAUCAGCUGUAAUUGCUUGCUCCAGAGAAGAAACAGAAGGAAACCGAGGUUGUUUUUGUAAUUGAAGAGAUGAUGGGUGUUUCCGGCCUAAUAAGUAGUGAAAAUCCAGAAGGCGGCGGAGGAGGUGGAGGAGCAGGAAGUGGAGGAAGUAGUGAGAUUGGACUUGGUGGAGGUAGCGGUGGAUUCAUGACGGAAGAAGGAGAAAGGAGUUCAGGUGGAAACAGAUGGCCAAGACAAGAAACAAUUGCUUUGCUCAAAAUAAGGUCUGAGAUGGAUGUUGUUUUUAGAGACUCAAGUCUUAAAGGACCCUUAUGGGAAGAAGUUUCCAGGAAAAUGGCAGACCUUGGGUAUCACAGAAGUUCCAAGAAAUGUAAAGAGAAAUUCGAAAAUGUUUACAAGUAUCACAAGAGAACCAAAGAUGGCCGUGCAUCUAAAGCAGAUGGGAAAAAUUAUCGUUUUUUCGAGCAAUUGGAAGCGCUCGAAAACAUCACUUCUCAUCAUUCUCUAAUGCCACAGUCUAAUACGCGUCCUCCACCACCUCCAUUGGAAGCUACUCCAAUAAAUAUGGCUAUGCCAAUGGCAACAUCAAAUGUACAAGUCUCAGCUUCACAAGGUACUACUACUCAUCAUCAUCAUGUUACUGUUUCAUCAGCUCCACCAGCACCACCACCAAAUAACCUUUUUGCUCCUUCUCAUCAAAAUGUACCGUUAAGCUCCCCACCGCCUUCACAACUAUCACCACAGCCAGCUGUCAAUCCGAUUAAUAAUAUUCCUCCUCAACAAGUGAACGCAACGAAUUUGCCAUCUCAUCAGAAUAUUUCAGCAAUGUCGUAUUCGACUUCUUCAUCCACUUCGUCGGAUGAGGACAUACAAAGAAGGCAUAAGAAGAAGAGGAAAUGGAAGGAUUAUUUUGAAAAGUUCACGAAGGAUGUGAUUAAUAAGCAGGAGGAAUCGCACAGGAGGUUCUUGGAGAAGCUCGAAAAGCGGGAACACGAUCGGAUGGUUAGAGAAGAAGCAUGGAAAGUACAAGAAAUGGCAAGGAUGAAUAGGGAGCAUGAUCUUUUAGUUCAAGAAAGAGCAAUGGCGGCAGCAAAGGAUGCAGCUGUUAUUUCUUUUUUACAAAAGAUAACAGAACAGCAAAACAUUCAAAUUCCAAAUAGUAUCAAUGUUGCUCCUCCAUCAGCACAAGUACAAAUACAAUUGCCUGAAAACCCACUAUGCGCACCCACAUUCACACCCGCACCAACACAUUCUCCUCAACCGCACCAACAGACACAACCAACUGUUACAGUAUCACCACCAACACCAGCACCAAUCCCAGAAUCGUUGCCAAUAAUGAUACAAGCUCCAGUACCAGCAUUAAUACAGUCACUGUCGCUGCCACUGACACCACAAGUACCACCCAAGAACAUGGAAUUAGCACCGAAAAGCGAUAACGGAGGCGAUAGUUACAGUCCAGCAAGCUCUUCAAGGUGGCCUAAAGCAGAAGUUGAAGCAUUGAUAAAACUUCGUACAAACUUAGAUGUCAAAUACCAAGAAAACGGACCUAAAGGUCCGCUUUGGGAGGAGAUAUCAUCUGGAAUGAGGAAAAUUGGAUACAAUCGGAAUGCGAAGAGAUGCAAAGAGAAAUGGGAGAACAUCAACAAGUACUUCAAAAAGGUGAAAGAGAGCAACAAGAAAAGACCAGAAGAUUCCAAAACUUGCCCAUAUUUCCACCAGCUCGACGCAUUGUACAAGGAGAAAGCCAAGAACCCCGAAACAACUUCUUCAACAUCUUCAUUCAAUCCUUCAUUCGCGUUGAACCAAGAAAACAACCCUAUGGCACCCAUCAUGGCUCGUCCAGAACAACAAUGGCCACUUCCACAAGAUCACCACCAACAACAACAUGAAAGUAAUACCCGAAUGGACCACGAAAAUGAGAGUGAUAAUAUGGAUGAAGACGAUGACGAUGAUGAGGAUGACGACGAAGAUGAAGAUAAUGCUUAUGAGAUAGUGGCAAACAAACAACAAUCCUCAAUGGCAGCCGCAAACACAACAACCACCACCGCAACGACAACAGUUUGAGCUAAAAUUAGCACAGAUCUCAUCAAAAAAAAGCAGAAAGAGAAGAGAAGUGUGGGGACAAAAAGAGGCGGAAGUUUAAAAAAAUAGUUGGCAAGUGAGUGGAACAUUGGGAAUAGCAAGUGGGUCAACAGAUUCUUGCAGGGAAAAUGUCAGAUUGGAUCAGAUCUCAGAAAAUUCCGGUUGGUAUGAGAAGACGGUGACUGAAAAAUAGCUCACUUGGAGAAAACAAAUGUGAGCGGAAUUUACAUAUCACUUCAACUUUAUUUCAUUUUUUUUUUGUUCAAACUCUGAGAGAAAAGAGGAGGGGUGCGGAGAGUAGGGGGUGUUGGUAAGGGGUAUAGUAGUGUAGUUUUUGGUGGUAUAAGUUUAUUUGCACUUCCAUUGUUUAUUUAUUAAUUAUCAAAAAUAAAGUUUAUUGAAGGGGAAGGGGAAGAGGAGAGAAGAGAAGAAAAAAAAGGACAUAAAGGAAGAUUUUUAAAGGAAUAAAUGAAGGGACAAAGUUUGUAAUUUUUUUUAAUCUCUUUUUUUUCUUCUUUUAUUUCCUU